AUGGGUUCUUCUUCUCAUAAGUGGGUUGCAGGGUUACUUAUUUUUUUGUGCAUUUUCUUGGAAUUAAGUGCCAUCACUUUUGGUGAUGACAAGCUUAACGAGGCGAGGUGGGGCAAUGAUAAUGGUUGUAGAUAUGGUAGGAGAGGCUGUGGUGGGCGUGGGGGAUAUGGCGGACGUGGUGGAUAUGGAGGACGCGGUGGACGUGGUGGAUAUGGAGGACGCGGUGGACGUGGUCCAGGGUUUGGUGGUGGUAGAGGUGCAGGAGGAGGGUUUGGAGGCGGAGCUGGUGGAGGAGGAGGUCUAGGGGGAGGAGGAGGUCUUGGUGGAGGAGCAGGUGGUGGAGGUGGACUAGGUGGAGGAGGAGGUCUUGGAGGAGGAGCAGGUGGAGGUGUUGGUGGUGGAGCAGGUGGCGGUGUUGGUGGCGGAGCUGGUGGCGGCAUUGGUGGUGGUGCAGGAGGAGGUGUUGGUGGAGGUGGUGGUGGAGGAGGAGGUGUUGGUGGAGGGUCAGGUCAUGGUGGUGGAUUUGGAGCUGGAGGAGGUGUAGGAGGUGGUGCAGGAGGAGGACUUGGUGGUGGAGCUGGUGGAGGCGGAGGUGGAGGUGGUGGGGGAGGUAUUGGAGGUGGUUCCGGACAUGGUGGAGGAUUUGGAGCGGGAGGUGGUGUAGGUGGUGGUGUUGGAGGAGGUGCUGCAGGAGGUGGUGGCGGAGGAGGUGGUGGGGGUGGUGGAGGAGGAGGCGGUGGUCUUGGAGGAGGAUCCGGCCAUGGAGGUGGUUUCGGUGCUGGUGGAGGCGUAGGAGGAGGAGCUGGAGCUGGUGGAGGAGUAGGAGGAGGAGGUGGGUUUGGUGGCGGUGGUGGAGGUGGAGUAGGAGGAGGAUCGGGUCAUGGUGGUGGUUUUGGUGCAGGCGGAGGUGUAGGUGGUGGGGCCGGUGGAGGAUUAGGAGGAGGAAAAGGAAUAGGAGGUGGACAUGGUGGAGGAAUUGGAAUUGGAGUUGGAAUUGGUAUAGGAGUUGGUGUUGGUGCUGGAGCUGGUCAUGGUGUUGGGAGUGGAUCUGGUGGUGGUGGCAAUGGGAGAUGA